UCAUUGAUGACGCGACGUGAGCACCAAUAAAUAGGGGCACGCCAGCUAGUUCGCCGGCACAGUCAGUCUAGCGCUGAAGGCCUGAAGCGCCUCUGCUACUGUGCUGCGCUGACGCGGUGACGCCGGUGGGGUGUGUGUGUGAGCGAACUGCGAGCUGCCACUGCCGCGGUCGACAGCCGGGCCGCCGGCAGCCGUGCGUGCGCGCGGAGCCGAGAUGGACGCUCGGUGGGCGGUGCUGCUCGCGCUGCUGGUCGCCAGCGGCGGCGGCGGCGGUGUCCGUGUCUGCGCCGCGGGGGCGAAGGGCGCCAACUGGCUGGGCGGGCUGAGCCGCGCGUCGUUCCCCAAGGGGUUCGUGUUCGGGACGGCGACGUCGGCGUACCAGGUCGAGGGCGCCGCGUCCACCAACGGCCGGGGACCCUCCAUCUGGGAUUCAUUCGCGCACGUCCCAGGAAAUAUUGCGGGGAAUCAAAAUGGAGACGUUGCAGUGGAUCAAUACCAUCGCUACAAGGAAGAUGUUGAUCUCAUGAAGAGUUUGAAUUUUGAUGCCUACCGGUUUUCAAUCUCGUGGUCCAGGAUCUUCCCAGAUGGCGAGGGGAAAGUCAAUCCAGAAGGUGUAGCAUAUUACAAUAAUCUGAUAAACUAUCUGCUUCAGAAAGGCAUGACUCCUUACAUCAACCUUUACCACUAUGAUCUUCCUCUUGCGCUUGAGAAGAAAUAUGGAGGGUGGUUAAGCGCUAAGAUGGCGGACCUGUUUACAGACUAUGCUGACUUCUGUUUUAAGACCUACGGUGAUCGCGUAAAGCACUGGUUUACAUUCAAUGAGCCAAGGAUAGCAGCGCUACUUGGCUAUGACGUGGGAUCAAAUCCUCCUCAAAGGUGCACCAAAUGUGCUGCUGGUGGGAAUUCAGCAACCGAACCUUAUAUUGUUGCUCAUAAUUUUCUCUUGGCACAUGCUGCUGCAGUUGCAAGAUACCGUACAAAAUAUCAGGCUGCCCAGAAGGGUAAGGUUGGAAUUGUCCUGGACUUCAACUGGUAUGAAGCUCUUACAAACUCACCUGAUGACCAAGCAGCAGCCCAAAGAGCUAGGGACUUCCACAUUGGCUGGUUUGUUGAUCCAUUGAUAAAUGGACAUUAUCCACAAAUAAUGCAAGAUCUUGUGAAAGAGAGGCUACCCAGGUUCACUCCUGAGCAAGCUAAAUUGGUCAAGGGCUCGGCAGACUACAUUGGUAUCAAUGAAUACACAUCCAGCUACAUGAAGGGACAGAAACUGCUCCAGCAGACGCCCAGUAGCUACUCUGCCGAUUGGCAGGUCCAAUAUGUUUUUGCACGCAAUGGCAAACCAAUUGGACCAAAGGCGAAUUCUAAUUGGCUUUACAUCGUCCCGACGGGGAUGUAUGGAUGUGUGAACUACCUCAAGGAGAAGUAUGGGAAUCCAACUGUCUACAUUACCGAGAAUGGAAUGGAUCAGCCUGGAAACUUGACCCGUGACCAGUACCUGCGCGAUGCCACAAGGGUGCGGUUCUACAGAAGCUACAUUGGCCAGCUGAAAAAAGCCAUAGAUCAGGGCGCAAACGUGGCUGGCUACUUCGCCUGGUCUCUCCUUGACAACUUCGAGUGGCUGUCAGGAUACUCGUCCAAGUUUGGCAUCGUCUACGUUGACUUCAAUACGCUCGAACGGCACCCCAAGGCGUCGGCCUACUGGUUCAGGGACAUGCUUCAGAAGCAUUGAGAUCUCUAGGGCCACCGAGCCUGAAGGUAGUACUAUUUUGUUCAGCUUUGCCUCGUGUUUUGGAUUGCCCAAUGGUUCAAAUCCAGCCUUGUGCUUGGCUAGCAAAAUGGGAGUAAAAGAGAGCCACUCCGAUGAAUUGUGCAUUCCGAGUUAUGGUCAGAAUGUUGUGAGUUUGUGAGUAUGUUCUCUGUGGCGUUUGAGAUGUGGUUAUUUUAUCGUGUUGAUUGAUCUUAUUUGAAAUGCUUAGUCA